AAUUGUAAUAAUAAACUAAAAAUGCAAAAAUUUCUUAUCUUGACUGUCCUUGUCCUCCUUCUCGUUGGUACCCAGGCCCAAAAGUUCGAAGUUAAUGACAUUAACUUAGGAGACAUUGUUAGCGGAUUCAUCAAGACUGCUUCCUCCCACCAGAGUGGAAACAUUUCCGAAUCCAAGGGAGACUGCCUCAACGUUGCUUUUGACUUGAUUUCAUUCCUCUAUGAAGAACUUCAAGCCUUCAUCAAUACCUCCCAGGUACCAGACCAGAUGACUCUCAUGAUGAAAGGAAUGACAGCCAUGACCAAAUUCACUGCUGCCAAGACUGCCUGUCUCGGACAAUAAACUUGGAGUUUUAU